CGGAGAGAGAAGACCCGGUAGAGCGCGAGGAGAGAGAGAGAGAGAGAGUGUGUGAGAGAGUGAGAGAGCUCAGGAGUGAACGAGAGGAGAGAGAGCGACGACCGUCAGGGUCCGUGUGCCUGAGGGACGGACGACACGGAGAGGGGAGGCCUGAGUGAGCGAGUGAUCGUGCCACAGACAGACAAACAGACCGACCGACAGACGGACUGAAUGAAGCUGCACCUGGUGCUUCUGAGGGCCCUUCCCAUGUUUUGAUUUACUCCAUUUUUUUUACUUUCUGAAGUUGGUUUCACCGAGCCGCUCCCAGCCAUGCCGUCCAACAGUCCUGCAGCCGCCGAACAGCCCGAGACACCAGAGAACGACAUUACUAAUGAUGUGAAUGAAGAUGGAGCGGACCAUGACAGUCCAGAGGAGGGGACACCAGCGAGCCCCCGUGCCAAGCGCAGAGUGGGUCGUCCAGGCAGGAAACGCAAACAGCUGCUUCCUGAGAUGGCGACCUCUGACCCCUGUGCAAACGCACCCCCAACCCCGCCCGAGGAGCCGGAGCCCUCCCCUUCCCCUCGCAAGAAGCGCGGGCGUCGGAAACUAGAGCAAACCGAGAAGAAUAAGGACGAGCCAGACGACAGAAACUGCGACUCCCCCAGAGAGGGUGAGACUGGCAGGCUGCGGAGGAGGCCAGUCCCCAGAGUGACUUUCCAGGCUGGAGAUCCGUACUACAUCAGCAGGAGACAGAGAGAAGAAUGGCUCAGCCGCUGGAAGAUGGAGGCAGAGCGGCGGGCGUACAGAGAGGCGGAGAUAAACAUGAUGGACGACCUAUCAGAGGGCGACUUUCAGAAAGAGGAGGAGUCAGCCAGCCCGGCCCCGCCCCCGCCCCCGUCACAGCAACACACAGACCCUGCCUCGCCAACGGUUGCUGUGACACCGGAGCCUGUUGCUAGGGGAGAACAGGCCACACCCAGGGAGAUAGAGUACCAGGACGGCCGGGGUUUCGGCAUCGGCGUUCUGGUGUUCGGGAAGCUGCGAGGUUUCUCCUGGUGGCCCGGCAGGAUCGUCUCCUGGUGGAUGAGCGGCCGGAGUCGAGCUGCAGACGGGACUCGCUGGGUCAUGUGGUUUGGAGACGGCAAGUUCUCUGUGGUUUGUGUGGAGAAGCUGAUGCUUCUGAGCUCAUUCUCAUCUGCCUUCCACCAGCCCACCUACAACAAACAGUCCAUGUAUCGGAAAGCCAUCUUUGAGGCUCUGCAGGUGGCCAGUGUCCGGGCGGGGCGGCCAGUUCCCUCCUGUGAUGCGAGCGAUGAUGCCGAUGGCGUGGAGAUCCAAACCAGACAGAUGAUCGAGUGGGCCAUGACUGGCUUCCUGCCCAACGGGCCCCAAUCACUGGAGCCUCCAGAGGAGGAGCAAAAUCCAUAUACAGGUAAGGAGGUGUACCCGGAGAUCUGGGCGGAGCCUGAGGCAGCGUACACGCCUCCACCCGCCAAGAAACCACGCAAGAACUCCGCUGAAAAAGCAAAGAUCAGAGAAGUGAUCGACGAAGGGACCAGAGAGAGACUCAUAUGUGAGAUCAAAAAGAAGACCAGGAACAUAGAUGAUAUCUGCAUCUCCUGUGGAAGCCUGAACGUCUCUCUGGAGCAUCCUCUCUUCGGAGGAGCGAUGUGUCAAGGCUGCAAAAACUCGUUCCUGGAGUGCGCCUACCAGUAUGAUGACGACGGCUACCAGUCCUACUGCACCAUCUGCUGUGGAGGCAGGGAGGUGCUCAUGUGUGGCAACAACAACUGCUGCAGGUGUUUCUGUGUGGAGUGUGUGGAUCUGUUGGUCGGAGCCGGCUCGGCGGCGGCAGCCAUCAAAGAAGACCCCUGGAACUGCUACAUGUGCGGCCACCGAACCGCCUACGGGUUGCUGCGGCGACGGGACGACUGGCCCUCCAGACUACAACACUUCUUCGCCAACAACCACGAACAGGACUUUGAGCCGGCCAAGUUGUAUCCUCCAGUCGCAGCGGAGAAGAGGAAACCAAUCAGAGUUCUCUCGCUGUUUGACGGCAUUGCCACAGGUCUGUUGGUGCUGAAGGAUCUGGGCAUGCAGGUUGACAAAUACGUGGCGUCUGAGGUGUGUGAGGACUCCAUCACCGUGGGCAUGGUCCGACACCAGGGACGCAUCAUGUACGUGGGCGACGUACGCAACGUGACGCGCAAACAUAUCGAUGAGUGGGGACCAUUUGACCUGGUGAUCGGAGGAAGCCCCUGCAACGACCUCUCCAUAGUCAACCCUGCAAGGAAAGGACUCUUCGAGGGAACCGGACGGUUGUUUUUCGAGUUUUACCGUCUGCUGCACGACGCUCGACCAAAACCAGGCGACGAGCGUCCGUUCUACUGGCUGUUUGAGAACGUGGUCGCCAUGGGAGUCAGCGACAAACGGGACAUCUCCCGCUUUUUAGAGUGUAACCCAGUGAUGAUCGACGCCAAGGAGGUCUCCGCCGCCCACCGCGCUCGCUACUUCUGGGGAAACCUGCCGGGCAUGUCCAGACCUCUGACAGCCAUGACGAAUGACAAACUAGAGCUCCAGGACUGUCUCGAGCACGGCCGCACAGCCAAGUUUGAGAAGUUGCGUACGAUAACGACACGAUCCAACUCUGUGAAGCAGGGGAAAGACGAGCAUUUCCCCGUCUACAUGGACAGCAAGGAGGACAUCCUCUGGUGUACUGAGAUGGAAAGGGUGUUUGGUUUCCCCGUCCACUACACCGACGUGUCCAACAUGAGUCGUCUGGCCAGGCAAAGGCUUCUGGGACGUUCCUGGAGCGUCCCCGUCAUCAGGCACCUCUUCGCCCCGCUCAAGGAGUACUUCGCCUGCAACUAGUCACGCACCAACUCUCUCUCUUACACACACACACACAAACAAAUACAUAAAUGGUAUGUAAUAAUGGCAGGCACACAGUAUACAGCUCGUACAUGAAGGUUGGCUGACACAAGAUGGCAUACACAUAUUUACACACACACACACACACACACACAUACACUGUAAAGGACUGCUUCUCUGGAUCCCAUGUAGACCACUGGCUGACCUUAGUCCCCUGGUGCUACCUUGCAGAUUUACACACACACAGAUACACACAUACUGGUGCAGGGUUUCUGUACUGUCUUCACACACAAACUUCCUAUCCGACCUUGAAACUGGUGUCUUCUGGCUUUACUGUGUCACAGCAGCUGGAGUUCAAACCUCCAGCAGGGGGCGCUAAACUGACAAAGAUGUCCUGAAUUUCUGUUUCUAACAUCUCUCUGAACACAUCAACACACCACUGAACCCCUCCGAACCCUAACACUUAACUGUAUCCAUGCGUAGUGACAGUGCUGCUGGUGUUUUACCGUGCAAUUAACACACACACACACACACACACACACACACACAUACAUACACACACAUACACACACCAGUUAACGCUUGUGGUGCUGGUCAGGCAGUGAUGGAGUCAAAAUGGUGCCACUUUAAUAAAACACUUUUAAAGUUUUUGGUGCUCUAGAAGACAAGACGGUCUCUGGAUGUUUCAGUCGCUACAGUUUAGUGUCCUGAACCAAAAUGCUGACAAGCAGGCGGAGGCAACACGAGGCAAGAGAGCUGAAUUUUUAAAAUAUAUCUAUUUUUCAGAUUUAGUGAGAGCGUUCAGGAGAGCGUCCAGGAGAAAAAUUAAUGCAACUAUGAUCAAAUAGACUCAUAUGAAUAUGCCUUUUCUGAGAUCACUACAUCUAAAUCAGAAUGUUAUUUGUUUCUUGGUGGAGAAGCUGCACUGGAGGUACAAAUAAAAACAAAUGUUUGGCAAAAUUACACCAAAAAUGUUCUUUAUCUUCCUCUAAAGAUGGACAUAUUGGCUGAAAGGAUGUCAGUGAUGUCCGCUAGGGGAUGGCUCAAAAAUAUCUGCCGAAAACAAUCCGAUAUUGUCUUUCUUACUCUCUUAAACAACUAGGAUUACACUAAAACAUCAUGCUCAAAAUGUGAAAUAAAUAUUCUACUCCCGUGAAGGAAGAGAUUCAUCAGUAAUGCAAUAAUGCUGCUUCUUUUUCAAAUACAGUUUAGCAGCUUCUUAGCAGCAUAGUUUCAUCGGUCAACACCAUUCACUAUGAAAUUUAAAGUGCAGCUUUGUGCAGAAGUUUAAAUCUGACAUUAAAAAUACUGGAUUUAAGUCAACACUCAAUGUAGUCUAUGCCUCAAUGACUUUACAAAAGAACAAGCUGCAAUGUCGACCACAACUUGACAGAAAAUAAUAGAAUUUCCAGUAUACAAUUAGAGCAGAAAGCAGUACUGUAGACAUAGCAUCUUAAGGCACUCACAACUGAAAUUUUAGGCUUUUAGACCUCAAAAUCUGUCACGUCAAAGUGAACAAACUCAUAUGAAAGCCAAGUGAGUGGUCCUGUGUUCUGACUGAACCAUCUGCGGGUGCAUUUUUAUGAUAGAAAUGUUAAAAAAUCUGCCGAUAUGGGGCAUCCUGGUGGCACACCUGGUAGAGCUCAUACAGCAGAGGCUUGGUUCUUGCAAGCUGGCAGGGCCGGGUUUGAAUCCGACCCGAAGCCCUUUCCUGCAUUUCUUCCCCCCUGAAUCCCCCUUUCACUCUGUAUCUCUACCCCUAUCAAUAAAGCCAAAAAAGGGCCAAAAGAUUUUUUUAUAAAUACAUCUGCAGCUAUGUCUCCUUAUGGUCUCCUACGUCUUUAAUAUCAACUACCAUUUAAAAAAAACCCUCUACUGUGCGCCAUGUUUAAUGCAACACACUCUCUCUUUAACUCACUUGUGUGUGAAGCAUUUUGCUGUUUAUUCUGGUCUCUGCUAGCGAUUCAAUGAUUUCCUCGGCCAAAGAAAAAACAAAGCAAAAAGUGAUGACUACAGGUGCUAAAACGAUCCAAAAAACACACCUGCAAUUAUUGCUUAUUGCCAUACGUGCCGCCAAAGACGACAAAACAGAGAUCUCUGAGAUUGUAGCCUAAAGUACUUGUUUCUUUUAAAACUGCAGAUUUGUCAAAAUGUGAGAGAUUCUGUCACUUAAAGGAUUAAAAACUCUAAAACACUAUCAGUCUUCGUCUCCGUCCUGUGAGAUUAUUUCUGCCUCCAGAGCAGCGCUGCCUCCGAAAACAUCCAUCAAACUCACUUAAAGGACUUUUUGAUGAUUUCGAUCGAGCUCAUAGCAGCAUUUGAACUCUUGUGGUUACUUAAAGCUUCGCUUGCCCCUUUUUCUGUUUGGUUAAAGCGAGUCCACACAGUCCAGCAGCUCUUGCAGUUUCCUUCGUUGCUUCAGGAUGUGAAAUGUCCUCUCGGCUCAAUGCAGCGACAUGAAACCAGAGACACCUUUACUCUGCAGACACUAUGCUGGUUUUCUACUUCCUACGACUAAAAAAACAGACAGCCCUGUUUAAAUAUCUGACUCUCUAAAAUCACACACACACUACCUUCCUCUGCCUUUUUCUCCCAGUGCAUUCUGGGAUAAACUCUGUGACCUUGAAUUGAACUAAGCAAGUCAGGCUUGUUGCAAAAAUAUUUCCAAAACUCGUCUUCACGCGCGUCCCGAUCACACGCUGAUGUUUUAUUUAAACAGGGCUGUCUCUGAGAGAAAAUCAUCUCUUUCAGUCUGGUGCUUUUGGUCUUCGGGUGACCAUCUUUUUCCAGGAAGCCUUCCGAUCCUCUGACCUUCCUCAGAUACCAGCUAAUAACUGGACACAUGCAGUCUUUGCCAACACACAAACAUAAACACACAUACAUACAUAUGCACAAACAGUUUUCAAAAAAACAACAAUAAUAAACCAGCAGGUUUCAAAGUUUUUUCCAUCAUGUUUACUCUCCGUUUAUACAACCAACCUUCAGGUGCUUUUUAAACUCUUAAAGUCUUUUUUACAGUGCUUUUGCAGGUUAUUCACACACACAUACACACACAAACAAACACACACAUUUGCUGGAAAACACAGUGCUGACUUUCACGCUUUCUCUGAACUCCUUUACGAUACAUCGACAUCGACACAUACACAUGCAUACACACUGUGUUUUUUGCCGGCCGCCUGUUGCCAUCAGGCUUCCACAGGGCGCCGCUGGGUGUGACAUCACCACCCUGUGUCGCUUGGUGCUCCCGCCCCCCCCUCCCCCAGCCGAAACCCCCCCCCCCCUCCCCUUCCACUCCCCUGACCCCCAGGUGCUGCAUGUCAGUCAGUCAGUGUAAUCUCCGAUUCCAUGUUAGAUUAGGGAGUAAUGAUAAUAAUAAUCAUGGUAAUAAUAAUUACAAUAAUAAUCUGUUAUUGUGUGUGUGUACUGUUCCAGGUUGGUGCUCAGUUCAGUUCAGUCUCAGCCUAUGAGGGGAGAGAGCCAGGCUCGAGAAAGCAUAUAUUACAGUUAGUAUAGUGACUUGUUCUAUUGUACCCAAGGAUGCCGAGAGAAAUUGUUAGAACGACGAGCUAAAAGGCGCUCAAAAACAAGGGCGGGUUGAAAUAACACAGAAAAUACUGCAAUACAGAUACUGUAUCCUAAAGUUCAAGUUCAAGAUAAAAAAAAGACCAUGUCCCAGACUCACCUGUUAUAUGUAUCAUUUAUGUAUGUAUACAUUUAUAUACAUAUAUAUUUGUAUAUAUAUGUGUUUAAUUUGUUUGCAGAUUGAAGUAUCAUAGGCACAAGCAAUAAAAGAUAAAUUAGAUGUAUAAAAUACAUUUUUAAAAGCCAGUCAAACCUGCAAGUGUACGGUUAAAAAAUGACAAAUUUAGCAUUGUUUGGGAAAAUGUGGAUAUUAUCACUGUCAGGGGGCAUAUUAAUGAAAAUUCUUAAGACUAAAAGUAGCUUUUAACUCACUUAUUUAGGAAUAACUCUUAAAAAUAAAGCCUGUCAGUCCUAAUUUUAGAAUUUUUGGAGUAUUUCUCAAAGUGUUUUCGAGCUAAAAAGAGUUCCUAAAUCUGUGAAAUGUCCUAAAAACUGCCUUGUAAUCAUGUCAAUAGUUUAGAACCCUUUAAUUAUACUGAACUUUUUUCUUUUUAAAGGUAUCACCUUAAUUGGGAGAAUAGUAUAAUCAUGGCAGAGAGAGGCAAGGAUUCAGUCAUUUCACCAACCAACAGAAACAACAUGCAAACACCUUUCAUGCAAAAAAAUUAGGCACCAAUUAUGAUACAGUUUCACAAAAAAGUGAAAAAUAAUUUGUGCAUGUCUGAGGAAAAUGGAUAAAAUGUUUCCAGUUGGCUAAUUAAGUUUACAUUUUCUCAUUUCUUGUGAAAUAUUUGACAGUUUUAUCUCUAAAAAGAUGAAAUUCUGAAAUUAUUUUCAGUAAUAAAUGUAUUUCUUUUAACCACGAUCUCUUCCCAAACCUAACCAGGUAGUUUUGUUGCCUAAACAAACUUUACUGAAAAACACGUUUAAAACUGUGGCUGUAAUCCUGGUGAAUUGAAUAAAGCAGUUGUGUUAUGAAGGAACAUAAAUUAAAGAGACAAGGUUGAAUACGGGAUACUCUGACCUCCUCGUGGCCUCUAAAAAUCCCCCUAAAGAAGCACCAAUACAACAUCAUAAAGCCAAAAAAAAUUAGGAACUCAAACUUUAUAAAAUUAGGCUUUACUGGACUUUAAAGAUCUGUUUUUAAAGGUUUAAAAGCCCCAAAAUAAUGUUAAAAAACCACAAGCUCAGAAGCAGAACUUGAGCUAAUUUGUGUUAUUUCAACGUGCGUCUGUUUGUGAGAGAAGUCGGAGAAAAAAUCAAGAAGAAUGGAGUCGACAUUUUAAAAAGAUGGGUGACACGGUGAUGAUGUUUCUGUUCGCCUAUCAACAGCUUUUAGGCUGCGUGAUGCGCUGUUUUCAACACUGAUACAAACACAUAAACACACAGAACGAACACUGUUAAUGACACACACACAGAGGCGCAGAGACACAUGCACAACACAGACAAAUACAAUGCUGUGGCGCAUGCAGACACUCAUCUCAUGGACUAAAGGAAAGAUGAGCUUUUAGUAAAAAGGAGGACCUGGCGGUGUUUCAAAAGGUGCUAAAAUUUUAUCUGAAAAUAAGAAAAAUAUAUUGUUAGGAGUAUAAAUCAAGUUUGUCUUUACAAUGACUGUAUUUAAGUUUGUCGUAGUAAUGAAAAGGCACUAUUAUUAUUUUACUCUUGUAUGAAUAUGAACUAAUUAAAAAGGCAUUUUAACUUUGUACUUGAACAAUGUAAGAAAUGAACCGUGAAUAAAAAAAAAGGACUGUUUCUUGUGA